UGUGUGUGGAAAUAAUUAGUAUUGGUUGCUGGAUUGUGGAAUAAUACUGCAAGGAAGUUGAAUAGGGAGCAGUUGGAAGAGUUGUGGUACCUGCUUAUUAGGUAAGUGAAGAUCUAGAGGACAAAGGUGGACUGAAAUGAAUCCCCGCCCAUAGUCUUACGUUGGGGCAGGGCUUGCGUUGGGACAGACAGAUAUAGACUGCUGCCUGUCAAACCUGUUGUCAUUUCUCCAGACAAGUUUAGCUGCCUACUUUGUAUUUAGAGAUCGCUUGUGUUCUUCUCACCUGCCAAAAUGAUGGAAGAAGUGUCUAUUUCUCUGGCCUAUGAUGCCUAUAUUAUUGACCAGAUGUCAGAGGAGGAGAUCCUGGCUAGUCUAGUAGUGGAGACUCUACCAAAGCAAGUGGUUCCCUCUAAAAAGCCAAAAUUAAGAGAUAACCAAGUGCAGCCAGAAGACCGACUCGACAGGUACGAGAGAGAAAACCGUAAGCUUCAGGAGACCAGUUUGCGCCUGGAGCAGGAGAAUGAUGACCUUGCACAAAAACUCGUCGCCAGCAAGAUUGCACUGAGGAAUGCUCUAGAUCAGACCGAGGACCAGGUGGAUGAAUUAACCAAAGAGCUUUUGAAAACCAAACAGCUUCUGAUGAUUACAGAGGAGGAGAAAAAAGGAAAGGAGGAGGAGGCUUCACAGCUGAAAGAGAUGUUUAGGAAAGAGUUGGACAAAGCAGAAGCAGAUAUUAAGAGAUCAAACAACAUCAUCGCUGACUAUAAGCAGAUUUGCUCUCAACUGAACGCUAAGCUUGAAAACCAGAAAGUUCAAGCAGACAAAGAGCUGGCAGUUAUCAAGAGCAAGAUGCUGGAGUGUGAGCAGUGCAGACACAUCUUUAGUAUGGAUGGAUCAGUUCAGCUGUGCUCUGAAAAUGAAGAUACCAGUGCACUGGAUGAAGUGAAGGCCUCUCUCAGAGAACAGGUCCAAGAGUUAGAGAGAGAGCUGGCCCAGACCAAGCUACAAAUGGUGGAGUCCAAAUGCAAGAUACAGGAGUUGGAACACCAAAAUGCAGUUCUGACGACUGAACUUCAGGCUGCUAAAAACACAUGGCUCAGAAAAACACUGGGCUCUUUCAGGACAGCUGCCAGCGGCCAUCAGAACUCAUCUCAAACAGAUCCUGCCUGGAGCCCCGCUCAUAACCCCCACUCCAGCUGGGUCACCAGAAGGCUCUCCUGGGCCCAUCGAGAAGGGAGAGCAGCUAAAGUAUGAAAAGGUUUAGCAUACUGGUGGAGAAGAAAAAUAUUUAAUGAGAGCACUCCUGAAAUGAGUCUCACAAAUGAUGAGAAUGCUAUUCCCUCAAACAAACGGACAUUAUAGAUCCGUAUGGUUGCAAACACUGGGAAUGAGAGGGUUCUCAAAGGAUGGGUGACAGCAGGAAGCAACAUCUGCCCCUCUAGAGAUGAGUGCAACAGAUCAGUUGCUCUUAAGGCAAUCUCACAUGAAGACUACAUGAAGUUUUUGUAUUACUGCGUUCAAGCAUAAUGUAUUACAAAAAUCAUCACUAUAAUAAGUGUUUUGCCAGUUAACCUACAAAUUGUGCUUGAUGUGGUAACAUCUAAGUGAACUAGUUCAACUAGGUUACAUCAGUAAAAAUUUAAGGUAAUAAUUCAAGUUAAUAUUUGUCUUCUAAUGCUUUUAUGGUCCACUUUUGGUACUGUACAAUGUAAAUGCAUUUCUUUCAUUAUCUUUUCCAACAAAUAAACUUAAUGAAGUAAGGACAAUUAUUAAUGUAACUGCAAUAGGGCCUUUAUUUUAAUUCAGAAUCAUUAAUUGUUCACUCAAACUGACAAUAAACUUUGAAUAUUA